AUGAAGGUACCGUACUUGAGGAUCGGUGUCGACGUCGGCGGUACAAACACAGAUGGUGUCAUCCUUGACCCUCUCCGGUCAUCUGAACCAGGUAGAGGCAUAGUCGCUUGGAAGAAGUCAAGUACGACUAAGAACCCCAGCGAUGGGAUCAACAAUGUCAUCAACGAGAUGUUCCGGGAGUCAAACAUCGACCCCACGGAUGUUGCUAGCGUCACUAUCGGCACCACGCAUUUCAUUAAUGCGGUAGUUGAGAUGGAUAAAUCUCGACUUGCCCGUGUGGCAGUGCUUCGACUUUGCGGGCCGUUCUCAAAAGAGAUCCCCGUUGGUGUAGACUGGCCACCGGAGCUUCGGAACAUCAUCUGUGGCUACAGGGGGCUCGUCGACGGCGGCUUGGAAAUUGAUGGCAGCUUAAUCUGCGAACUUGACGAAGACGAAAUCCGCCGGCAAUGCGAGGAGAUCAAAUCCCAGGGGAUCAGAAGCAUCGUAAUUGUCGGUGUCUUCAGUCCUGUCGAUGUCGUAUAUCGCCAGGAAGAGAGGGCCGAAGAGAUUAUCCGAGAACUCCUCCCAGAUGUCGACAUCGUCAAGUCCAAAGAUGUAGCCAAUAUCGGGUUUCUAGAGAGGGAGAACGCAGCUGUUCUCAAUGCAGCCAUUUUGGCAUUCGCCCGACGCACAAUACAUGCGUUCCGAGACGCAAUUGGCCGCCUGAACCUCAGGUGUCCUGUUUUCAUCACCCAGAACGAUGGGACGAUUCUGCCGGCCCACUCUGCAGCUCGACUUCCCAUUAGGACCUUUUCCAGUGGUCCGACCAAUUCUAUGCGUGGUGCUGCUUUCUUGACACAAGGACUUGAUAGAGAAGCGAUGAUGGUUGUGGACAUCGGUGGUACUACCACAGAUGUAGGCCUACUACUGAAGAAUGGAUUCCCGAGACAAGCCGCGGCGUACAGCGAGAUAUCAGGCGUGCGGACAAACUUUUCUUACCCGGAUGUGAAGAGCAUUGGACUUGGUGGUGGCUCGAUCGUCCGUAAAGACAAGGAUGGAAGUCUAAAGAUUGGACCCGACAGUGUCGGUUAUCAGAUUCAAGAAAAAGCCUUGGUAUUUGGGGGCGACAUUCCCACAGCUACGGAUUAUAUGGUUCUAAGCAAUGAAGAACUUCAAAUCGGCGACCGCUCCCGAGUGAAUUCUUCCCCUUUGAAGGACGGACUUGAUGAAUUCAGAGCCAAAGUCAAAGCAACCAUUGAACGUAUCGUCGACACAAUGAAGACCUCUCCAGAUGACAUCCCCGUUGUUCUGGUGGGAGGUGGAGCGGUAAUCGCUCCAGACACCUUGAAAGGUGCCAGUAAGGUUAUCAAGCCUAACUGGUCCGGUGUUGCGAAUGCCAUCGGCGCCGCAACAGCGAGAGUUAGUGGUGUCGUCGACUCUAUUGAAAGUACGGAGUUACGAACUGUAUCUCAAGCCAUUGACGAACUAUCGAAGCGCGCUGUCGAGAAGGCUGUAGAAAAUGGUGCCUUGCGGGACACUAUAACUAUUGCGGAGGUUGAGAGCAUUCCACUACAGUACAUUGCAGACAAGUCGAGGAUUGUCAUCAAAGCGGUUGGGGAUUUCGACUUCUCGAGGACAGAUUUCUCGGGCAUGGAGGAAAAUAUGAACGACCAAGCCGACCCCAUUCCAGAAGAGACAGAUCAGAUAUCGUGCGAAAACCAGCGCAAUAGCCCCUUGGAAAUGUCCAAGUCACCUCACAAGCUUGUCUUCACGAAAGACUAUAUAGAGGGUUACAAGCCGCAAGUUUUGGAUAGACAAUGGUUCAUCUCAGAGACAGACGUUGACUGGAUUACCAUUGGAUGCUACAUACUAGGUACAGGCGGCGGUGGUAGCCCUUACCAACAUAUGCUGCGGCUUCGGGAGAUGCUCAGAGCUGGAGCCACUGUACGUGUCAUUUCCCCCAGCGAUCUGAAAGACGACGAUCUUGUGGCAUGCGGUGGUGGUAAGGGGUCGCCGCAAGUAUCGAUAGAGAAGCCCUACGGAGAUGAAAUUAUGGAGUCUCAAACAGUCCUGUACGACUUUCUCAAACUCAAGCCUAAUGCCGUAAUCUCUCUUGAGAUAGGGGGCGGCAAUGGCCUCCAAGGUUUAAUUUUGGGAGCAUCGACGAAUAUGGAUAUACCGACUGUUGACGGGGAUUGGAUGGGUCGGGCAUACCCGGUCUCAUGGCAGACAACACCUGUAGUCUUUGAAAAGAAGGCGACCAUGAUACCAUCGGCCAUAUCCGACGGAAAUGGAAGAGUCAUGAUAAUGACGAAGGCUCGCACAGAACUGGAGGCCGAGCGUGCAUUUCGCGCUGCUCUUUCCCAAAUGGGAUCCCACGUCGGAUGUGCCAAGGGACCAGUCAGUGGUGCGAACACCAAGUCUUGGGUAGUAGAAAACACGAUCUCACUAUCUUGGAGGAUCGGUCGUGCUGUCGCAAUGUCACGUUGUACCAACCAGAUCGACACUGUCGCUGAGUCUAUUAUUGACGAAGUUGGAGGCCCUCAGUCAGCCAAAGUUCUCUUCAAGGGCAAAAUUGUUGGAGUCGAGAGGGUCACCAAAAUGGGGCAUGCUUACGGGGAGGUCAUUAUAGAGUCAGCGGCAGAAGAUGGUGCUGGUAUGACGGAGAAGGCUGUGAUACCUUUCAAAAAUGAGAACAUAUUUGUCAAGAAGAUAGACGCAGAUGGAAAAGAGCAGAUCCUCGCGGUGGUACCGGACUUGGUCUGCGUCAUCGAUGCCCAGAAUGGAGAGGCAGUUGGGACCCAGGAAUACAGAUACGGCCUUCUGGUUGUGGUGCUUGGAAUCACGGCCUCGGAGAAGUGGACAUCGACAGCCAGGGGAAUCGAGAUCGGUGGGCCCAAAGGUUUCGGCUUCAAUGACCUGGAUUACCAACCUAUCGGAAGUUUCCAAAAGCUGGUCAGUGUCAUCAACGAGUACAACAUCUCCAAGGCAGUGGCAUGA